AGAUAACCGGGAACGUUGUGCUGUGAUCAGUAUACAAUUCAGCACUGUACAUGUAUUUUACACGAAAAUGGUUUAAAAAAAGAAUAUAAAGGUGAUUUAAAUCUGAAUUUGUAUCACUUUUACACUUUAUUACUUGGUUCAACUGCAAGAUGAGGAUGGUUGAUAAAACAUUGCUACCAUUGCACUUUUCUACAUGCUAAUGCAGGGAAUUCUGGACUAGUUAAUCUGAUGACUCCAGCAUGGCCACCAAAAAGAAGUUACCGAACAGUGUGGGGGUCGAACGCCCAUCUGAAAGGUCUCAAAAGGAGACACACAUUUCACGAGUGGAACAGGAACAGAUUCAGAAGAGAACAUUCACCAACUGGAUCAAUGCCCAGCUGUCCAAGAGGAGGCCUCCGGUCACAGUGCUCGAUCUUUUUAAUGACCUCAGAGAUGGAUCCAGAUUAUUGGACCUGCUGGAGGUGAUGAGUGAUCAGAGAAUGAGUCGGGAGAAAGGAAGGGGGACGUUUCAGCACAGAACAAACAUCGAGAAAGCAUUGGCAUUUCUCAAAAGGAAAUCGAUAAAACUGGUCAACAUCAAUGUCUCAGACAUCAUGGAUGGAAAGCCUUCCAUCAUUCUGGGUCUGGUGUGGACCAUUAUCAUGCACUUUCAUAUUGAGGAGCUGGCAAGCACAUUGUCCUUCAGUUCUCGCCAGCCUUCUCUGGAGUCGUUGGCAAGUCUGGACUCUCGUUCGACCAGCAGCAGUGCCCGCAGCAGUCCAGUGCCACCCCGUGGUUCACCCCUGCACGCCCGUUUCCGUGUAUCUGCCAAAAAGGCCUUGCUGCUGUGGGUGAGAGAGCAGUGCCACAGGGCUGGUUGUACUCUGAAUGUGAAGGAUUUUAAGGGAAGCUGGAGGAGCGGAGUGGUGUUUUUGGCGAUACUUUCUGCUCUGAGGCCCAACUCAGUGGACAUGACUAGAGCCCGAACCAGAACCAACAGACAAAACCUGGAAGAGGCUUUUCUCAUCGCUGAAAGAGAGCUUCACAUACCAAGGCUAUUAGAUCCAGCCGAUGUUGAUGUUAGGGACCCAGAUGAGAAAUCUAUCAUGACUUACGUUGCUCAGUUUCUGAAGUACUCAAAAGACACUCCUGCUUCUGAUGAGGAAAUGUGUCACAGUCCUCAGCAGCGACUCUCUCCUGUCAAUCUACCGUCUGACUUUACCCCAUCCAUAGGUGCAUCACCAAUAAGACAGGUCCACCUGCUAAUGCCCUGUCCAAUCAAAUCAGCUCCUAUCCUGUCAACUGAGCCAACUAAAGCAGCUGUCCCUGGGACAUCAGCCAAUCAGAAGGCGCAGGAAGUCACGUGCUGGCUGGUUCAGGCCUAUGAGGAGCUGAUAGAGGGAUGGGACUCCACUGAGGGGGAGAGCUAUGCUGAGAGAUACCAUGUCUUCCAUACCUUCAUUGUGUCCUUUAAUGAGCAGCGCCGGCCCGUGAUGCCGUUACUUACAGCGAUGAAGAGAACACCUCAGCUCAGCGCAGAGCAGAAAGCACUAAGACGGGCCUGGGACACCCUUGCAGAGAAGUUGCGCGAGUAUAAAACAGAGCUGGACCUGAGUCUCCCAUCUCCACUGGAUUCUGUGGGCCGCUGGCUGUUACGUAUCGAAGAGGUUUUAUCUGCUGAAGAGGACAACUCACUGGAUCACGCCCGAGCUGCGGAAGAGGCUCGCGAGAAACUCGAACUGCUAAAGGUGUGUUUGGAAGAGAUGCCCCACCAUAUCAAGAGGUUUACCAUGUUUCAGAACACAGAUGAAUUUGGAGAGACUCUGGUUCCAAGAGAUAAGAUGGAAGAGAUGAAGAGAAGGUUUACCAGUGUUCGUGUAACAGCUAAAUAUCACAGCAUUAAGCUAGAAUACCAAGAGCGAAGGCACACGGUGUUAGACCUGCUAAAUCGACUCGAAAUUAAAUUGCGUUCUUGGAAAAGAGCCUACAUUUCCCAGGAGUCUGUUCGUGUGCUGAUGCAGGACUGGAACGAAACCGUGAACAACCAGGAGCUAGCCUCUAUGCUGGAUGGAGCCUUUCAUAGACUCAAACACAUCGCUAGCAAAUAUACCAGCAAGGCUGCUUUGGCCGAAGACUCCACUCAGGUCAAUCGUCAGGUGGCUGAAUUAGAAAGAGAUGUGGCAGCGACUCUGGAGGGUGUACGCAUGGUGAAGGGAACUAUGGCACGUGUGUUGGGUGCGUGGGACACAUACAGUGACACGUUCACAUCACUCCACGCGUGGCUGGAGCAGGGGCCACACGGACAGCGACACGGACAGAGAACAGAGGUGACCUCAUCGAUGAUGUCAGAGUGGAGUUCUCGCCAGUCUCAUCUGAAUGAAGUUGGCAACUACCUGAUUGAGGUCACAGACCCGCAGACUAGCCGUGCAAUUUCAGACGAACUUUGCAAGAUAAAUCUGCUUUGGGCCGACUUUGCCAAAAGAGCACAGUUUGCAUUAGCUGAGGAGCCCAACAUUGGCCCGUCUAGUCCUCAGACUGUUCAGUCCCUGAUAAGAGAGGCCAACCAGUUACUGAAAGAACCUGUGGAGGUGGUUUCUGCCCCACUACGAACUUACACUAAGAGACUGCAGCUUAUGAUGAAGAAAAUAAAGGAUGUGGAUCUUGAGGCCCUCUCUCCAUCUCUAGACUGCUCUCGCGAGACCCUGAGCAAACUUCAGCAGGCCAUUCCUGAGGUAUUGCAGACACUCUGUGCGGCUGAACAAGUGUGUGAUGAGCUGCGUCUGAGUAUAAGUGGGUUGGACAGUCGUCUGGCUGAACUCUUACACUGGGAAACUGAAGCCAGAGAGCUUUACCAGGUCCUAAAGGAGGAAACACACAGGCGAAAGAGGGGUCAGGACCCCAGAGUUCGGCUGUUGAUUUCAAAGGGACUACAAUUAGAGGGUCAGGUGGUUAUGGAGGAACAGGAUUUGCAGGUGAUGGUGAUGACGAGUCAAAAGAGUUCCCCACUGCAGUAUCUCAUUGCAUCCUACAUGCAGGACAGGGUCCGCGCGGCUGUCGAAAAGUCGCAGGAAGCAGUAGGAAUGUUGAGCUCAUUGGGGGCUUGCAGAGAUAGAAGUCCUGCCAGAGAUCAGCCACCUGCUAAGAUCUUUGUCCAGCCUCAGGAGGAUCAAAAAGCACCCCAAUCUCAAAAGGCCCAAACAGUCAGUUCAAGUCAGCAUUCACCCUCAGGAGCUCAAGGCCAAUCAGACCCCCAACCUGCAGUCAGGGCUAAAGUCCCAUCAUCUUUUCAAACUCCCUUGGAUGUACCUUGCCAAGCUGUUGACCGCAAGUCAGAACCAUCUAGUGAGCCUGUGCCCAUGAUUGUUGUACAAGAAUACGACGAAGAAAAAACAAGUCAACAAGUACACCCCUAUGAGCAAUGGGAACACUCCCAAUUCACUGAAAUUAAGUCACAAGAAGUUGUCCAAUCUCAGGCAAGAAUAGAAAUCCACACAAAGCAUCAUGAGGAAAGCCAACGAACUUUACCGCAGCCUGUGACUCAACAACAGUUAGACACGAAGAACCAGUUGCAGGUGGAAGCUCCUGUUGCUGCCAGUCAACCACAACAGAAACUACAACAAGCAGCAUCACAAGCUCAAAAUCAGCAACAAUCAGCAGCACAGCCACAGAUGAAAACUCAACAACAAGAGACAAUUCAGAUUGUAUCCACUAUACAAAAACAGCAGGUACAAGUUCAGGUACAAACACCAGCCCAGCCACAGCCUCAGGUUCCACGUCAGUUACAAAAAGAGAAUGUAAUGCAACAACAAGCUCCACAUCAGCAGCAGAUGAAAACAAGAAAGUCCCAAGCACGGAACAGACCUUGGCUUCAGCAGAAGAGUCAUUUGGAAAGUGCUACUCAAAAUCCAGCUCAAGUGGUGGCAUCUCACGUAGAGCCAGAGUACAAAGGUCAAAUAAGUUUUCAAGCACCACUGCAGACAGUUGCCACCAGCUCACUGGGGGCUGGAAUCAUUGUACAGAGUGAGGCAAAGCAAGUAAAGCAGCCACAACCAGUUACACAACAUCAACCACCUCAAACAACUUCAGCACCACUAGUGACUUCAAAACAACCACAACAGCCAAUAACAAUUCAUCAAGUAUUGACCCAACAACAUCAAACCUCUAUUUUAACUCAAGCUCAAGUAACAACACAAAAAGAGAAAGCCAUUGCACCUACUCAGGAACAAUUGAAACCCCAAACACAGAGUUUAAUACCAAAACCUCAAACGCUGAUUCAGAAGCAGACACGACAUCAGUCCAUAGCUCCCAUGCAGCCACAUGGCCCAGUUAUGGCCCAGUGGCAACCACAACAGACUGCAGCCCAAACACAUUCAGUGCCCCAACCACAACAAUUUCCUGUGUCUCAAGCAAUGCCCCAACGCAUUUCCAGAUCAGCAGUCCAACAGCCCCCAACAUCUGUUCAACCACAAGUAAUGAUGCAGAGGCAACAAUCACCUCAGACUGGAGUUCAAACUCAAUCCCUGCAACCCUCACAGUAUCCUCAGUCUGUGAUUCCCCCUCAACCCAAAAGUUCAUCUCCCAUACAACCCAGAAUCAUCUCUAUGCCUCAACCGCAGAUGCCUGUCCAGCCUGAAGUCCAAACUAUUGGUCAAACCCAGCUCAAAUCACAGGGAAGUGCACCAUAUGUGGUUCAACCACAAGAGCAACCUCAGUGGGGUCCCAUUACCCAAACUUACCCUCAAGUCCAAGGACCAAUUUCUGUCACUUCCCAAAUGCACCCUCAUUUCCAAAAGUAUCCCCAAUCUCAAAGUGUCCAUCCACCUCAACAUCCGCAAUGGCCUCCAAUAAGACCAGAUAUAGUGACCCAGACCUACACCACUCUCCAAGCUCCAGGUCAGGUACAAGUCCAACCUCAAAUGCCAAGUUAUACUAAAACCCAGCCUCAGCAGUGGCCCUCUCCUGGACUUGAACCAUUGCCCCAUCUUUAUGGAAAGAUAAGACCACAAGGUCCAGUUCAGCAAAUGGUUCCUCCACACCACUGGAGGCCUGUCGGUCCAAUAUACACUAUAGCUGAGACUCAAAGUCCUCAGUACUCCCAAUAUCAAGCUCUACAGAGACCACAGAGCCCUCAACAACAGUGGGGUUCAGUCCGGGCUGAACACCAGCCCCAGGUCUCUGCCCAGACUAUGUUCCAAGGUGUUCCUCACACAGUAGCUCAAUUGAAUCACCCACCUGCACAAGCUCCCACAAGACCUCGAAGUCCACAGCAGUCUCAGCAAACUCAACUGGGUCCACCUAAGACAGAAACCCCAUCUCAAAUUCACAUCCAAAGCCAAUCAGCGCAGCUUCAGUCCCAAGUCCCAACAAACCUCCAGUUAUCAGCACAGGAACCAUCCCAACAGCAGUCAGCUUCUCGAGUUAAGCAGCCAACACUUGCCCAGGCACCUCCUCAGGCAUACACUGAAGCUUAUAUGAAAGCACAGGCCCUGGUUAGGAAUAGAUUUGAAGAAGCCAAGCACUGUCUUCAAGAGCACAUUAUUGAAGGUAUCAGUAUAUUCAAGGACAAGCAAAUGACACGUGAACAGGCAUCAGUUAAAGAGGCGACAUUGAAGGCUCUUGACUCUGAGCUUCUUGAAGAGUUUUUGAGGGCAGCUGAGGGGAUGGAGGCGUUCUGCACCCCAUCUGAACUCAGAGACAUGGAAUUUUUCACCCAAUCUGUUAGAACACAGUGGGAGGCUGUACAAGCUCAAAUUUCUGAAUAUUUGAGGCAACUCAGAUAUGAGAUAACCCGCCAGCAUUUUAACCGUGUAGUUGAGGCUUGUGAGAUGCACUUUAGAAGACAAAAUGUCAACCAUACACCAGAAUCAAUGUCAGAAUCAAAAGAAGAGGCCUGUUUUUCACCAGAAGGCAGUCUGGCACAGGCAGGACAGCAGCUGGAAGCUCUGAAGGAGUUGUGUGAUACUCUGAGCCCCGAGGAUGCACACAGGCUUGCGCAGGCCCAACUCAGAGAGUGCGAGAGGAGGCUCGCUGCCAUUCAGAGGCAGUUCAGUGGAGAUCAAGACACACCUCCACACGAAAGCAGUUCUCAAAUGGAUCAAACAAUAGAGCCAUCUGCUCAGAAAGCACAAACGGUCCCAGCAGCUGCUGAGAAGCCCAAAGAGGCGGCUGCAGCGGUCAGCCCCCCACAGCCAAGAACUGUGGAGAAGAGAGAAAUAGUGAAACAAACAAGUACAGAGGAGGACAGGUACCGCAGCUGCAGGUUUGCACUGUUGGGUCAGCUGAACAGAAAUGAGCAAUGCAUGCUGGGAGAUCGUCCCUCAGAAUCAGUAACUCCCACAGACCUGCAAAAACGACUCAGGGAAUUAAAGUCUCUGUGGGAUGAGACAGAGUCAUUGUGGAAGGAGUAUGAAACAGUGUGCAUGCAGUCUGUACAGUUUAAAGACCGCACUGUCGAUCAGGACCGAAUGGAGCUUACUGUCAGGUGGAGAGACCAGAUGUCCCAGUUACAGCGCAGGGUGGAGUCACUGGGAGCAGCACUGGAGCUCAUGGACUCAAUUGAGCUGAAGAUCUCAGAGAUUUCUGAAAGGCUAGACAAGUUCAUCAAAGAACCAAAAGAUAUUAAGGGAUGCACACUAGCAAACCCUGCCAUACUGAGAGAUGUGAAGGACUUGGAUGAAAGUAUCCAGGCAGAGAUGGACCGCCUCUCUCGAUUCGACUCUGAGCCCAGUCAUCUGGACCUGCGUGACCGGUCACCUCUCACUCAAGUGGUUCUGAAUCACAGAUCCAGCCUGGACCGGCUCAGACAACAGGUGCGCAAGAGCGACGCCGCAGCCCGUGCCCUCGAUCGCUUCCUCAUGUCCCUGCGCACUGUGGAGCUGGAUGUGUCUUCUGUACAGAGCGCCCCCAGCAGUGACCCCGCGGUACUGCAGGACAGCAGGUCUAAGUUGGCAUUAAUCAGGAAGGGAGUCAGCAGCCUCAAUGAUAAAGCUCCACAGCUGGACCAGCUCCUGGGUGGAGCACAGCUCGAGGUGACUCAGGAGGGUAGACCAGUUUCCUGUCUGGACAUGGUGGGGGUCCUGGUGCGCCAGGUGGAAGAGGUCGAUGAGAGGUUGAUGGUUCGACAGAAGGACGUUCAGAAGGAACAACAGAGCCAGGGACUCGGCUUGAGGAGGAAGACCAUGCUCGCUGAGCUGAGGAAGGUGCAAGGGGCGGCGGAGAAACAGGGUCUAAAGGAUCCCACCCUGCCAGCUGUGCAGCACAGGAUACGAUCUCUGUCCGAUCUGGAAUCUCAGCUUAACUCCCUUCGUCCGGAAUACCAAAGCAUCAAGAUGGCUCUCUCCUCAAAGAAAGAGCAGCCAGAUCCAGCAGAGGAGGAGCUGAACUCUCUUUGGGACGAGACAGAGAGGGCUGUAUCUGACAGGCAAGAGCAGUGCACUGUUUUAAUGGAACUGCUAAAGAAGUUUCAGAGCUGUCGCAGUUACCUUGGCAACACUCUCCAGAGGGCAGAGCAAACCAUUAAUGAGCAGGCGUCAUAUAUGGGCAAAGACAAUCUGCAACGCCUCCUCACAAAAGUCAUUGGUAUUAAGGAGGACCUCGGUGGUCUCGGAUCCAAGAUAGAGGAGUUCAGAGCCAUGUGCAGAAAGUUACAGUCUCAGCUGAAGAAAAUUCCUGAUUGCUCAGAAACUCCAUUUGAGGCCGAGGCGGAUGGUUUGGUCGACUCGUGGCUGGAUGUGUCAGAGAAGACCGAUAGUUACAUGGAUAACCUGCGUAUGGGUUUGGAACUAUGGGAGAAACAGCUGGCUCUGGGUGGAGAGGUGGACAGUUGGACGUCCACUAAACUUAUAAUUUUCUCAGAGUCUCACCCUUUCACCAGCGAGAGUGAAGUUCUUAGUAUGAAGAAUGAGAUUCAAACUCAGGAGGACAACAUUGAGCACUUCCACAGAAAGUUAUUAGAGAUCCAAGAACUUCUACAGAGCAAAGAAUCUCCUCUCGAACUGCAGGUAAUAGAAACAAACCUGAGCAAGAAAAUGGAGCAGGUGAAAGAGCUCUUCUCCGACUGCACUGAAGUGUUUGAGGAGCUCCUCACAGUCAAAGCUCAUCUAAUUCAGAAGAUCGACACCAGUCAGUCAUCUGUGGAGAACAUACGUUCCGCCGUAGAAAUGGUCCAUUCAGAAGACCCCGUACAGAUGGAAGCACAGUUACAAGACCUGGGUGAACAACUAUUGGAGCAAGAGGAGCAAGCUGAUGCUCUGCUGAAGGAGAUCACUCUCAUGUUUAGCAUCACUGGACCCCAGGCAAUGGAGGACCUGAUCAAUCACAACAAGCGUCUUAAAGAGAGCAUUGCGGAAACAAAGAAUCUGAUUCGUCAGAAGAAAGAUCAGGGGGAGAAGAGCUUCCUUCAGACUAUUAAGGAAAAGUUCAACUCGUUUGAGGAAUGGUUGCAGGAUGAGCAACUCUCAGUGAAUGAGUGCUUUGAGAACCCAGAGAGAAGGGAGGAUGUGGAAGCGUCCAUGCAGAGACUGACGAGUUUUCUGUCAUCCAAAGAAGGAGAACAGCGUCUUGGCCAGUUGAAGGAGAUGUUUGAGAGAAGCGGGAUGGAAAAAAUCCCUUCUGAAGCUCAGGCUUUGCUCUCCACAUGGCAACAGGAACAGGAAGGAGAACUGGCCACUCUCAGAGCUCACUGCCAUGGACGACAUAAACAGCUAGAUGACAUUUUAGAUAAUCUCAACAAUUUGCAAGAGGAACAUAACCAUUUGAAGGAAUGGCUUCAGCAGAGAGAGGACGUGCCUAUGCAGAGAGAAAAACUCAGACAUCUGCAAGACGAGUUACUUCAAGAAAGUGGUCAUGUGGAGGCUUUCCAUGACCUGUUAUCCACUGUAAGGAUGCGUGGCCUGAGAGGUGACCCUCUGCUUAAGGACAGCGAAACCCUGAUAGAUCAAUACCACAGCAUGGGGAUUAUUUUGGAGAACCAGGCUCAGGUCCACAAGGCCCUCGAUGAUCAAGCAGAAACAUUCCAGACCAAUGUAGAGCAGACCAGAGCCUGGAUCAGAGAUUUUAGGACUAGAGGACUAGAGACACUGGACGCGGACACUCCAAAACAAAUGAAAGCUCAGGCGGUUCUUAAUCUCAGUACUGAAGGAGAUGCCAAACUACUACAUCUGAAGGAAGCAGUAGAGGCUUUAUGUGCUCAUGAGAUACUGGAGGACACCAGAAAGCAUGAUCUUAUUUUCUCCUUGAGAAACACAGAAGAUGAAUGGAAAAGAGCUCUGGACAUUGCUGAACAAUUAAAAAAACAGGCAGAGCUUCAAGACUCUCUCUCCAGAGAACUACAAGUCUUCCAGGACCAGGAAGAGAGCAUCCAGUCCUGGAUAGGAGAACAAUUGCAAAUCCUCCACUCUCUGGGGAAGGAUUUUCAGCCACAGGAAAAACUCAACAAAUUACAGGCUGUUUUAGACCUUCAUCAGGAAGCUGCUUCUAGAUUGGCCAGUUUAAAGAGACAAAGGCAAAUCAUAUUCUCUUAUAAAGAACUUGACAAUGAGAGGAGGAGCCACAUUGACCAAACCCAGAGCACGGUAGAGGAGGAGUGGAGGAAAGUGGUACAACUCGCUCAGGAGCUGGAGAACCAGGUCAAGCAUGAGGAUUCACUCUUUAGAGAGUUGCAGACUUUUUGUGAUCAAGAAGAAGACACUCGCUCCUGGAUUAGACAGCUGAGAGAGAAACUGAAAUCUCUUGAAGUAUCGUUAUCCAUUCAGGAGAGAAUGCACAGAAUUGAGGGAAUACUAGCUCACAGAUCUGAGGGUGACUUUAAACUUGCUGACUUGAAAAGAAAAGAAGAAAGUCUAUGUUUCUGCGAAGAGCUUGAGGAGGACAAACGUCUUACAAUCCAACAGAAUUUACAAGGUUUACAGGAAGAUUGGACAGGAGUUAUGAUGAAUGCUCAGGAGCUGAAGGACCAAUCAGAACUUGAGGAAUCUCUUUCUAAGGACCUUCAGGAUCUUCAAGAACAUGAGGAGAAUACUCAGUCCUGGAUCAGAGAGCAACAGAUAAAGAUUGAAUUACUGGGUGAAGAUGCUCAGCUACAAGAGAGAAUUACGGGAGCUCAGGCGAUCCUGAACUCUGAAUCAGAUGGAAAUUGCAAGCUUGCCACUCUGAGGAGACAAGCAGAAGGUUUGUGCUCUCGAGAAGGGCUGGGCGAGAAGAGGAAGCAGGAAAUCCAUCAGAACCUAAAACCCAUUGAACAAGAAUGGAAGAAGGUCAUAGUAGGUGCACAGGAACUAAAGAACCAGGCUGAGCUUCAGGAUUCUCUUUCAAGGGAGCUUGAGAUCUUCCAUAACCAGGAGGAGAGCAUUAGCACCUGGGUGAAGAACCAGAAAGAUGACCUGGAAACACUGGGGAAAAGCACUUAUGGCACACAGGAACAGAUUGAGGAGAGACUGAACAAAGCACAAGCGAAUCAAAGCUUUUGCUCUGAAGGCAACUCCAAGAUUGCAGACCUGAAAAGGACAGCGGACGAUCUGAACAUCCGUGAAGACCUGGAUGAAGACAUAAAACUUUCACUUAUUGACAAGAUAAAACGUUUAGAGGCAGAAUGGAAGGGGACACUGCAGGAGGCUCAGGAGCUCCAUAGUCUUCUGAGAAGUGUAGUGGAGCGCCUGGAGUCCUGUCACUGUCAGAGGGAACAGCUUCAGUCCCGUCUGGAGCAAGUGAAACAGCAGAUAGCUGCUCUACCUCACCUCUUCCCCUGGCCUGGUUUGGGGGAUCGGAGGCACACAGUGGAGCAGGCCAGGAGUCUGCUGGACCGCACCAGAGCCUUGACACCAUCUCUAUCUGCUCUUCGAGCACUCGGAAGAGAGAUGAGCCAGCUGACCCGAGAUUCCAGCUUGAUUGACCCAUCUUGGGCCACCAUGGAGGAGUGCAUACCUGAAUUAAUCAAAGAGCUUACAGAAUUUUGUGUAAAUCUUGAUGAGGAAAUCCGGAAAGAAAGAGUUUGUGCUCAGUUAGUUGAGCAGCACACCGUAGCCCAGGAUUGGCUGAGAGAGCAGGUCAAAGCUUUCAGUGCCCUGCCCACUGAACGCUGGGGGUUACAGAACUCCAUAAACACUCUUAAGGCUCUUCUUCAGACUGUAGAGAGGGAAAAGAAGGAGAUGAAAGAACUUGAUGCUGUUAAAAAUUCCCUGAGGGACCUCUGCACACCAGGAGGUCGUGAUGCCCUGACCUUGGAGGUCAGCCACCUUUACGACCUCUGUGUGUCCUCGGAGGAGGCGAUGAGGGAACAGUUAGCAGUGUGUGAGGCCAGACUGGGUGAUAUUGAGCUCAGGAUCGCAGACAGAGCACAGAUUCUCAGAGCGCAGGCAGAGAGCCUCCUGGGUGAGCUGCGUAUUCAAGAUAACUCUUUAGGAUUUCUAGAAAGCAGCCAAAACAUCAGCCAACUACAAGAAAACUGGCAUAACUUCAAGAUUUCUGAAAAAGAGAUUGAAGCUUUCGAGGGCAAAGUUCGUGACUUAGGACAGAUCCUCCGUAUGGCCCCCACAAAUGAGGAGCUCCCUUGUGAUGUCAUUUCUUUAGUGGACACCGUUACACAGCAAUAUUGCAGUCUGCGGUCAAAGCUUUUGGAAAAGCAGAAUGACUGUGCAGACAGCACUGUGCAGUGUGUUAGACAGGCCUUACAAAGCAUACAAUCCUGGAACCAGAUGCAUCAUGCAAAUCUUCCCUGCAAUUCAGCCUCGUCCAUGCAGGCUGCAAUCGAGGAAUGUGCGAAACUGCGUAAAAGCCUGCAGGUGGCUCUGUCCCAUAAGCAGUUGCUGAGGGAUUGUCUGGGUCCUGAUUUGGCUGGCAAACUUGAAAGAGAUGGAACAAAAACACUAAACGAAACGGACACUCACAUCAGUGUUCUUAAACAGGAGCUUAAGAAUCUCGAGGAGAAGGUGAAACAAGAAACUGAGAGGUUGUCACUGGAGACUCGAAGCAUCAAGCAGGACUCACAGGUUCCCACUGUGAUAACAGAAGUUGAAUUUGAACAGUCAGAAACUGUUUCGCCUUCAUCCUUUACCACUGAGAGCUGCGUAAAGACAGAAGAUAAUGAACAGGCUAUUAUACAGCCAUCCGAAGACCCGAACAGUGAGAUCCCUGUAUGUGAAAUCUCAGAAACUACAACCGAGAUAGAAAUGUACAAGACAAGACUAUCGCUACCAAUGUUAGAAUCUGACACCCAACAAGUUGAGCUCAAAACAACUGCCACAGAGAUGGUACCUGAAUUAGACACAAGAGUAUGCAAAACACCUGUUCUUACAAGCAGCAGUGAACCGAAUAAAGAGGAAUUGAGUUUUACCUUUGUUGCUUUGGCAACAAUGCCCGAAAAUGAUGACGUAAUAGAUGAAAAGAUGCAGACUCCCUCGUCUGAAGCUCUCUACCUGGAAGCUGCAGUCAAAGACAUUGAAUUACAUGACAUUGAAAUGCAGGAAAGCCAGUUUUCUACUGAGGUUUUGAGUUCAGACUCUUUUUCUGAGAAGCUGGAGAGUGAAAAGAUUGAGGUAGUAACUGCAGAGAUAGAAGAGGACAAUGAGGACACAUUUAUUCCUGAUUCCCAAGAGCAGUGUGGUGAAGGUAGCAAAAAAGUUGCUGCGCUCAUUUUAGAUGUGGAUACAGUGCACAUACAGAGUGUGGACACUGACAGUACAAUAGAAAGCUUAAUUUUUACAAGAACAAUUGCAAAUGAGAACGCAAUGAGCAAACAAGAUGGUGAUGCUUUGGCACCUCCAAAGACUGAAUAUUCUGAGAUAGUUAUAGAAGAAAAGACCACUGAAUCUUCUCUGAAUGAACCAGGUGUGGUAAGUAUAUCAGAGGGUAGUUCAGCAAUAGCAUCAGUUCAGUCACAGCUCUCCGAUAUUGACACUAACAAACAAGUGCAAGCUACACAAGCUCCACCCACUGAAACCCAAGGCACUGGAGAUGCUGCUGAAAGAAGUAUUGGAACGUUAACUUGGAACAAUGGUCCAACUGUUGCACAAGCUGACAGAGAAGGGAACUGGACUGCAGAUAAUGGCCCACAUGAACUCCAACGCAGAUAUAUUGUUCUUGACUUCCCCGAGGGGAUGGAGAUGCAGAGACGGACUGCCACUUCUUUUAGAGAACCAGCUGAGGCAGAAAUUCAGGGAUUCACACAUCCAGCAUCAGAAAGAUUGGAGACAGAAGGUGAGAUUAUGUCUGCUGAAGAUGAGAUGGGGGUUCUUGACAACACAAAUAAGCAUUUAGAAGCAGCAGAGAUGACUGAGCCCGUUGAAGCAAUCCCAGAUGUACUAGCAAGGCAGAAGAAAGAUUCAGUCACUAGUGAAAGUUUGUCCUUUGAUGUUGAGAUAAUGAAUGUCAUUCAAGAGGAAGGAACAGAGCAGACCCCGUCAGAAGAUAAAGAACAAUGUAUUGAAUUUGAACCUGUAUCAUCAACAGCAGUCAUACAACAAUAUCAAUGUGCAACUGGUCUCCAGUCAGACAAGGUAGAUGUUUUGCCAACACAGGAGAAUCUUGAAGGUGGAGACAGUAUGUAUAUUAUUGAAGACACAGAAGCAAAAACAACCCCGUCAGGGGAAAAAGCACAAUCCAUUGAGUUUGAAUCCAAACAAAUGUCAUCUGUCCCUUCACAAGUGCCAAGGCAAGAAACUGAGGGUGAACCUGUGGUCCAGUUAGACAAGGUAGAUAUCUCAUUAACACAGGAGGAGAAAUAUGAAGGUGAAGAUAUCGUGCAUGUAAAUGAAGAGGAAGAGACAAAGACAACACCAUCAGCUGAUAAAGCACAAUGCCUAGAAGCUGAACCUAAGCCAACGCCACCAGUUAGACGAAAUGAGGGUAGAACCGAGGUCCAAUCAGACAAGAUAGAUGUUUCAUUAACACCAAAAGAGAAGACUGAAGUUGGAAAUACCACUAAUCUAAUUAAAGAAAUAGAGGCAGAAAAGACCCCAUCAGGUAAUACACAGGUGAUAGCACAAACAAUCAAAUUUGAACCUAAACAAGUGCAAGCCAUAAGCCAAGGAGCUGAGGGUGAACCUGAAAUACAGUUAGAUAAGGUAGAUGUCUCAUCUACAGCAAAGGAAAGUGGAAACACUAUGUAUGUAAUUGUAGAGGAAGUGGAAAAGAUGACAGCAUCAGCUGAUAGACCACAAUGCAUAGAAACUCAACCUAAACCAACACCACCAGUCAGGAGACGGACUGAAGACAAAACCAAUGUCGAGUUGGAUGUCAUACCAACACCUCCCAGCAGACGACGUAAAGGUGAUAGGUUGUCUCUAAACCUUGAAUCACAGAUACUUGAGGGAGAAGUCCUUCCCACCCCUCCAAGCCGAAGACGUAGAGAGAAAAUGGGAAGUACGCUUUCACUCAAUCUGGAUACUGAACCCACACCACCAGGUAGGCGACGUAAAGACAGAGAAGAUCGAAGAUUGUCACUUGAUCUGGGAGCCCAACCAACACCACCAGCAAGAAGACGUAAAGAUAAAGAAGAUCAAAGAUUGUCGCUUGAUAUGGAAACCCAACCAACACCACCAGAAAGAAGACGUAAAGACAAAGAAGAUCGAAGAUUGUCACUUGAUCUAGAAGCCCAACCAACACCACCAACAAGAAGAUGUAACGACAAAGAAGAUCGAAGAUUGUCAUUCAAUUUGGAGACACAACAAACUGAUGAACAAAAAAACACAGAGUUUAAAGAGUCCACUGUUGAAUCAACCCCAACUGUCAGACGCAAAGUUAGCGGAGUAGAAGCUGAUGUGACUUUGGCAGUUUGCACACCCCAAGAAGAGGGGGCCUUUGUGACACCAACACCACCUACAAGAAGAAAAGAUAGCAAAGUUGAAAAAGAAGAAAUGGCAGCUGCUGAUAAAUUGCAAGAAGAGAACAGCAUAGUAAAACCAACUCCUCCUUUGAGACGAAAAGACAGUCAAGCAGAGACUGAGAUGGUUCUUGCCACGUCUAAAAUCCAGCUUGAUGAAGGUUUUACCCAAGCAACUCCACCAACUUGGCGAAAGAAAGAUCAAUCUGAAAAUGACAUAGUUCCAUCAAUGGCAGAAGAUUCACAGGUAAUACCAACUCCACCAACCAGAAGAAAGAAAGAUGAAUCUGAAACUGACAUAGUUCCAUCAAUGGAGGAAGAUGCACAGGUAAUACCAAUUCCGCCAACCAGAGGAAAGAAAGAUGAAUCUGAAACUGACAUAGUUCCAAUAAUAACAGAAGAACCACAUGUCAUACCAACUCCACCAACCAGAAGAAAGAAAGAUGAAUCUGAAACUGACAUAAUUCCAUCAAUGCCAGAAGAACCACUUGUCAUAUCAACUUCACCAACCAGAGGAAAGAAAGAUGAAUCUGAAACUGACAUAGUUCCAUCAAUGGAAGAAGAGUCACAGGUAAUACCAAUUCUGCCAACCAGAGGAAAGAAAGAUGAAUCUGAAACUGACAUAGUUCCAAUAAUAACAGAAGAACCACAUGUCAUACCAACUCCACCAACCAGAAGAAAGAAAGAUGAAUCUGAAACUGACAUAAUUCCAUCAAUGCCAGAAGAACCACUUGUCAUAUCAACUUCACCAACCAGAGGAAAGAAAGAUGAAUCUGAAACUGACAUAGUUCCAUCAAUGGAAGAAGAUUCACAGGUAAUACCAAUUCCGACAACCAGAGGAAAGAAAGAUGAAUCUGAAACUGACAUAGUUCCAUCAAUGGAAGAAGAUUCACAGGUAAUACCAAUUCCGACAACCAGAGGAAAGAAAGAUGAAUCUGAAACUGACAUAGUUCCAUCAAUGGAAGAAGAUUCACAGGUAAUACCAAUUCCGACAACCAGAGGAAAGAAAGAUGAAUCUGAAACUGACAUAGUUCCAUCAAUGGAAGAAGAUUCACAGGUAAUACCAAUUCCGACAACCAGAGGAAAGAAAGAUGAAUCUGAAACUGACAUAGUUCCAUCAAUGGAAGAAGAUUCACAGGUAAUACCAAUUCCGCCAACCAGAGGAAAGAAAGAUGAAUCUGAAACUGACAUAGUUCCAUCAAUGGAAGAAGAUUCACAGGUAAUACCAAUUCCGCCAACCAGAGGAAAGAAAGAUGAAUCUGAAACUGACAUAGUUCCAUCAAUGGAAGAAGAUUCACAGGUAAUACCAAUUCCGACAACCAGAGGAAAGAAAGAUGAAUCUGAAACUGACAUAGUUCCAUCAAUGGAAGAAGAUUCACAGGUAAUACCAAUUCCGACAACCAGAGGAAAGAAAGAUGAAUCUGAAACUGACAUAGUUCCAUCAAUGGAAGAAGAUUCACAGGUAAUACCAAUUCCGCCAACCAGAGGAAAGAAAGAUGAAUCUGAAACUGACAUAGUUCCAUCAAUGGAAGAAGAUUCACAGGUAAUACCAAUUCCGACAACCAGAGGAAAGAAAGAUGAAUCUGAAACUGACAUAGUUCCAUCAAUGGAAGAAGAUUCACAGGUAAUACCAAUUCCGACAACCAGAGGAAAGAAAGAUGAAUCUGAAACUGACAUAGUUCCAUCAAUGGAAGAAGAUUCACAGGUAAUACCAAUUCCGACAACCAGAGGAAAGAAAGAUGAAUCUGAAACUGACAUAGUUCCAUCAAUGGAAGAAGAUUCACAGGUAAUACCAAUUCCGACAACCAGAGGAAAGAAAGAUGAAUCUGAAACUGACAUAGUUCCAUCAAUGGAAGAAGAUUCACAGGUAAUACCAAUUCCGACAACCAGAGGAAAGAAAGAUGAAUCUGAAACUGACAUAGUUCCAUCAAUGGAAGAAGAUUCACAGGUAAUACCAAUUCCGACAACCAGAGGAAAGAAAGAUGAAUCUGAAACUGACAUAGUUCCAUCAAUGGAAGAAGAUUCACAGGUAAUACCAAUUCCGACAACCAGAGGAAAGAAAGAUGAAUCUGAAACUGACAUAGUUCCAUCAAUGGAAGAAGAUUCACAGGUAAUACCAAUUCCGACAACCAGAGGAAAGAAAGAUGAAUCUGAAACUGACAUAGUUCCAUCAAUGGAAGAAGAUUCACAGGUAAAACCAAUUCCGACAACCAGAGGAAAGAAAGAUGAAUCUGAAACUGACAUAGUUCCAAUAAUAACAGAAGAACCACUUGUCAUACCAACUCCACCAACCAGAAGAAAGAAAGAUGAAUCUGAAACUGACAUAAUUCCAUCAAUGCCAGAAGAACCACUUGUCAUAUCAACUUCACCAACCAGAGGAAAGAAAGAUGAAUCUGAAACUGACAUAGUUCCAUCAAUGGAAGAAGAUUCACAGGUAAUACCAAUUCCGACAACCAGAGGAAAGAAAGAUGAAUCUGAAACUGACAUAGUUCCAUCAAUGGAAGAAGAUUCACAGGUAAUACCAAUUCCGACAACCAGAGGAAAGAAAGAUGAAUCUGAAACUGACAUAGUUCCAUCAAUGGAAGAAGAUUCACAGGUAAUACCAAUUCCGACAACCAGAGGAAAGAAAGAUGAAUCUGAAACUGACAUAGUUCCAUCAAUGGAAGAAGAUUCACAGGUAAUACCAAUUCCGACAACCAGAGGAAAGAAAGAUGAAUCUGAAACUGACAUAGUUCCAUCAAUGGAAGAAGAUUCACAGGUAAUACCAAUUCCGCCAACCAGAGGAAAGAAAGAUGAAUCUGAAACUGACAUAGUUCCAUCAAUGGAAGAAGAUUCACAGGUAAUACCAAUUCCGCCAACCAGAGGAAAGAAAGAUGAAUCUGAAACUGACAUAGUUCCAUCAAUGGAAGAAGAUUCACAGGUAAUACCAAUUCCGCCAACCAGAGGAAAGAAAGAUGAAUCUGAAACUGACAUAGUUCCAUCAAUGGAAGAAGAUUCACAGGUAAUACCAAUUCCGCCAACCAGAGGAAAGAAAGAUGAAUCUGAAACUGACAUAGUUCCAUCAAUGGAAGAAGAUUCACAGGUAAUACCAAUUCCGCCAACCAGAGGAAAGAAAGAUGAAUCUGAAACUGACAUAGUUCCAUCAAUGGAAGAAGAUUCACAGGUAAUACCAAUUCCGCCAACCAGAGGAAAGAAAGAUGAAUCUGAAACUGACAUAGUUCCAUCAAUGGAAGAAGAUUCACAGGUAAUACCAAUUCUGCCAACCAGAGGAAAGAAAGAUGAAUCUGAAACUGACAUAGUUCCAAUAAUAACAGAAGAACCACAUGUCAUACCAACUCCACCAACCAGAAGAAAGAAAGAUGAAUCUGAAACUGACAUAGUUCCAUCAAUGGAAGAAGAUUCACAGGUAAUACCAAUUCCGCCAACCAGAGGAAAGAAAGAUGAAUCUGAAACUGACAUAGUUCCAUCAAUGGUAGAAGAGUCACAGGUAAUACCAACUCUGCCAACCAGAGGAAAGAAAGAUGAAUCUGAAACUGACAUAGUUCCAUCAAUGGAAGAAGAUUCACAGGUAAUACCAACUCUACCAACCAGAAGAAAGAAAGAUGAAUCUGAAACUGACAUAGUUCCAUCAAUGGAGGAAGAUUCACAGGUAAUACCAAUUCCGCCAACCAGAGGAAAGAAAGAUGAAUCUGAAACUGACAUAGUUCCAUCAAUGGAAGAAGAUUCACAGGUAAUACCAACUCUACCAACCAGAAGAAAGAAAGAUGAAUCUGAAACUGACAUAGUUCCAUCAAUGGAGGAAGAUUCACAGGUAAUGCCAAUUCCGCCAACCAGAGGAAAGAAAGAUGAAUCUGAAACUGACAUAGUUCCAUCAAUGGAAGAAGAUUCACAGGUAAUACCAAUUCUGCCAACCAGAGGAAAGAAAGAUGAAUCUGAAACUGACAUAGUUCCAUCAAUGGAAGAAGAAUCACAGGUAAUACCAACUCUACCAACCAGAAGAAAGAAAGAUGAAUCUGAAACUGAAAUAGUUCCAUCAAUGGCAGAAGAUUCACAGGUAAUACCAACUCUACCAACCAGAAGAAAGAAAGAUGAAUCUGAAACUGACAUAGUUCCAUUAAUACCAGAGGAUCCACUGGUAAUACCAACCCCACCAACCAGAAGAAAGAAAGAUGAAUCUGAAACUGACAGUGUUUCAUUAAAGUCAGCAGAGCCACAUGUCAUACCAACUCCUCUAACAAGAAAUGAAGAAAGUUCAGAACAAGAAAAGGCUUCCAUCUUUGUAAGAUUACAGGUGGAUGCCAAUGUUGAACCAGGAACUAAACAGGAAGAAGUAGAGGAGCAUGACAGAAAGCUAUUGAUCAGUCAGGAUCAGCUAGAGGAGGGCGAGGACUCUGUUACCUUGGUCCAAGAACCCAUAGAUGUAAUGAGUCAAACUGAGAGCAUCUGUGAGAUGCAGCCACAGGAUCAAAAAGGGGAGAUUUCUGCUCAAGUUGUUCUUACCACUGAAAACUUUGAGAGUUCAGUAGAGGAAGUAGAGGAGCCUUUGGGAUCCACAAUGAAGGAUAUCUUUAUAGAGAUCAAACAAAUGACUGAAAAAGGAGCUAAGCGUGUUCUAAUAGAGGGUAUGCCACAUAAAAGUACCUUGAAUAUUCUGGACACAUCUAGUGCUGAUCUUGAAGCUCGAUUAAAACGACUAGUGUUUCAUUUACUGGACCUUCGAAAUCACCCAGCUGCACUGAACUCCAAAGACAUGGCCAAACAGCUAGAGGAGGCUGAGGAAUGUAGAACGUGUGCCCAGACACAGGUGUCUAUGCUGUCUAAGCAAGAUCAGGCAAAUGGUGACAUUGACACCAGCACUAAUGGCACAGUCCAUGACUCUGAGCUCAUGCAACAACUGAGCGCUCAAUGGAAUGCAGCAUUGUGGGAUGCAGUGAGCGCUGUCCACUCCAAAGAGGCUCAACUACAGAUGGUUGCAGAUUUCGAAAGACAGAUACAGAGAGUCAAAGCAACUCUAGAGAGACUCCGAAUUGAGCGGGAGGCAUUGAGGAGAUCUCCAUCUGAAAGCAGUUUUGUUGAGGAGGAGAGGCUGUACUCUUUUCUGAGAAAUGUGGAGCAGGAAAGAUCAGCUCUUGGUGAGCUGAUUCAGACACUUGCGAAACUAUCACCCCACCUCAGUCUGCCCGAAAGACAUGCAGCAGAAAUACAGCAAAACAACUUACAAAGUCAGUGGAGGGUGCUGGAGAUAGAUGCAGAAAGAGCGCUCUACAAGGUUAAUGCUUAUGCCAAAGAAAGUGCUAGCCUUCUUCAAGAGGUUAGUGCCUUAAAGGACCAUCUAGAGAACAUACUAAAGACCUUGGAUGCAUCAAAAUCCUCACCAGUUUUAUGGGACAGCAGCAGAGCUCAAGAAAUUAUGAACAUAAAUGCUGAACUCACAUCCAGUCAGCAACAGUACCUUAACCUUCAGCAGACAUCUGAGGCUCUUUCCCAAUUCAAAGCAGAGACAUCCAGCAUAGAGCAGGAGCUUCAAAACAUCAAGGAUAAGCUAGAUCAAAUGGGGGAAUGGAUAGCAGCUGAAACACCUACCAGCAGUAACCCAAUGUUAAGUAAAAUUGUAAAGGUGAUGACAGACGCUCUGGCAUGGGCCAAGCAGACACAAUGUGACAUCAAAGGACGGCAAAAGAAGGUGUCGCUGCUUCCCGAAGAAGUCCAUAGACAGAUUAAAACUUUGAAGAAACUGCAGUUGGAGAUGAGCUCUAAGCAAACCCAGUUGAAGACUUUGGUUGAGGAAGUCUCAGAGCUGAUACCCGAAUUAGAAAAGGCUGAUGUUCCAAUGGUCACCUUAUCCUUAAAAUCUCUUGAAGAUUUGUCUAAAUCUACAGCAGGACAACUGGCCGAGGCAGUUCGAGAGAUUGAGUCAGGGCUUCAGACUAGGGAGAAGAUGUCAGAGCAGAUUGCAGAUGUUGAUUCCUGGGUAGUGGGACAUCUCCGGAAAGAAGCUUUAAGAAGAGAGGAUUAUCAGAGUUUGAGUGUGGCAGACCUAGAUCGUAGGUUGAGGCAAAUCCAAGACACUCUUGGAGAGGCAGAAAAACAUUCUGCUCUCACUGAGGCUCUCCUGAUGAAAAGCAAAGACAUGUUUUCAGAGCUAAGUGUCUCUGAGAGUUCUCAGCUCAAUGAGAAACUCACUAACCUUCAAGAGGACAUCAAGAAUAUCAUCAGUUAUGAGAAAGCUUGUUGCCAGAAAGUUAUGGAUGUCAUCCAGAGUCAGGAAUCCUCUCAGAGGAAGGUAUCAUCACUUGAGAAUAGUUUGAGACAAAUGCUAAUUGACGUUAAAAGACACCGGUUCCCGGUUACCAAAGACACCCUCUCCUCCAUCGAACCCUUCAAGCAGAUGGUCGUGGAACGCAAAUCUCAGAUUGAGCAAGUCAGCCCUUGUGCAGAAGACAAGAGAAGAGAGCUAUUGUGUGUUAUUACUGAACUGCACCACCAAAUGAACGAUUUGGACCUCAAAGCACAGGAGCAUGAAAAGUACCUGAGUCUUAGGCAGUGUGUUGAAGAUCUCAUGCAAGAUGUGGAGGAUCAGAUUGCACGGACCAAAGAUGAGAGCAUUGACAAAGAGGAGCGCUACAGAGAUUGUCAGGCCCUACUGACCAAAAUGUAUUUAAUAAAACUCUUGUGCGAGGAAACAAAACAAGAACUCCACGUCAUCACAAUGGAUCUUUAUCCAACUCAGCUCUCUGCUGAAGAAACAAGACUUAAGCAAAUCCUAGAAAAUAUUCAAACCCGGGAAUUGGCAGUGAGCAACAAUCUUCGGAUACUGGAAUGGGAUGUGUUGAAACAUAUUCAUUACCCAUCAGAACAAAAAGCAUUUCAGAAAUUCCUUCAAGACACCAAUGAAGAGCUGGAAAAGCCUUGUAACAUUGAACCAAAGGAAAGAGUGGUUGAAAAAGAACUGAGAAAGUGUCUUAUGCUCAGAAAGGAUGUAGAAUCCAGAAUGCGAGUGCUUGAGUUUCUUGAAAAGAGGACUGUAGCUGAACCUGAAAAGAGGCCAAAAAACUUCAAACAGCUUGCUUGCUUGAAGGAUAUGGUUUUGGAUAAGUGUGAUCAACGAAUGGUGAACCUAACAAAAGCCAAAGAACUGUUGAGAAACUACACCAAAGAUUUGAUUAACACCAUUCGGUUCCUCCAGAGAACCACGUUGGUUGUUCUACCAUCAGUGUGCUCUGCUAGAAGCUGUUCAGAAAGACUUAAAGAUACUCAGCAAACGUUAUCAACCCUAGACACAGAGUUCCAGUCACAUAUUUCACAGCUCCAAACGCAAGCCCCACAGCAUCCCUGUUUCAAACCACAGAAAAUUGAGUGUCUUCAGACGGAGGUUCUAGGUGUGCUCUUGGUCAGACUGUCGACCCUAAAGGCCCAAGCCCAAAUUCAAUUGGAAUCACUGAUGAGGUGUGUUGAGUGUCAAAAACAAUCUCGUAAAUGCUAUGAAGACCUUUGCCAACAAGUGAGAGACUUAGAAACAUCACUGUCACAAUGUACUUCAGAUAAAAUAACUUCACACAAAGAGUGCAAAGACCAGCGACAGAAACUCAAGGCUCUAGUGGAGGAGGUUGACAUGCUUCCUGGGAAACUGGAAAAUCUGAGAGAGUGGUGUCCACUGCAUGGCUGCAGAGCCAACAGAGAGCAUGCAGUGAGUGCCCUCUGGGGGCAGGCGGCAAGGUUGCAACGCUGUGCCAACGAUCUACAGAAACGGACAGAACAAAUGGAACAAGAGUGGAGUGAUGUUACCCAUAGUGUGGAGCGAGCGGCCACAGUAUUGGACCAGGUGGAGGCUGAACUUCCAGAUAGCAACAAGGAGGGUAUGUCUGGUGAUGAGCUGCAGGAACUACUGCUGUUCUGGUCCCAGUACCAGGAUAGACUGGACUGUGAACACAGAGCUCUCUCAGCAUUGGAAUUAAGAGCUGCAAGAUUGCUCGGUAUACCCUCUCACCUGGAAAAGGCUCCACCUAUUGCACUAUGCCAAGAACUUCAAGCCCUGCAGGAGCGUUACCAUAGUCUGAAGGAGCGCAGUACUCAGGGUCAGAGGGCAGUGAAAGCAGAGAUGGAGGAGAGGGAACGGAUCCAGGAACAGUUGCUGGGAGUCAGAGAAUGGCUGGAUGCUGCUGUCUCUCUUCUCUCUGUACUGGAGCACGAGCCCAGCAAAAAACAGCUACAGGAGGUCCACUCACAGCUGUGUACCCAGAAGGCCGUUCUGCAGCGUAUCUCGGAAGGCUUGAAAAUGAUGUACUCGGACAGAAACACACUGGUUCCUGAGGAGAUAGAGGGUCUACUACAGGAAGUCUCAAACUCAUUACAGGAAGCAGAGGAGCAGGUGGAAACGGCUGUGGAGAAGAGUGGUCCACUUCAUAGGCUGGCUGCUAAAAUCUCAGAGAUUAAAGCAGGUCUGAGAUCAGUUAAGAGCUGGUUAGACCAGAAAAGCCUGAACUUCAGUGAAGCUGAGAGCACACAGAAGCGUGUGUGGGACGAGCUGGAGGGUUUACACACUCGUCUGACAGAAGUGGAGGUGGAGCUACAGGACAUGAGCGAGAUGUAUCCGGAUGAGACGCGUCUGAUCUCAGAAAACCUGGCAAACGCUCAGCAGACGUAUAGCAAGCUUACCAAGCAGGCCGAACAGAGGACCAGCUUUCUCAGCAAGGUCCAUGAUUGGCUGAAGGAGCAUGAGGAGAUGGUGAAGGCAUCACAGAGCUGGAUCUCAGAGGCUCAGUCGUGGUUAACAACAGCCUGUACAUACACCACUGCUAGAUGCCUGGACAGCCAUGUAAACGCACUGCAGAUGGUGCUGGAUGAUUCUGCUCAGAUGAGACGAACUCUGCAGCAUUUUGGCAGCGUGUUAACAGAGAUGGGAAGCGUGUUUGAUGUCAGUCCAUUAGAGGAACAACUCUCAAAUGCUGACCGGCGUGUAGCCGACAUGCAGCACAGCCUGCUCGGACCCCUCUCUCAAUUGGAGCAUGCAGCAGCGGAAGUGGACGCCAUUGAGGCAGAGAUGAAGGUUAUGGAGAAAGAUGCGGCCAAAAUCAAAUCUUCCUUGAAUGCUCAAGAGGGCAUCAGUCGGGACAAACUCAAGGCCACUGAGAACAGGAUUGAGCUGAUGAAAAAGACUGUAGCUGAGAUCCAGAACUGUAAGGAGGGUCUUUGUCUCCCUGACAAAGCUGAAAACACACUCCUAGUGUUCAAACGAGCUGAACUACUACAGAAACAACUCCUGGAAAUAGAACAGCUGGCUUUAGAAUACUCCAUUGAGGUGCAGGAGAUUUUUGCCCCGCUUCCUGAUACCACAUCCCUCAAUGCCCCGCCCCACAGCAGUGCCACGCCCCUCUUUGUUCCACCCACUAUCGCUGAGGAGGAAACACAGGAUACCGGUGAGAUUCAGAUUGUUCACGUUGAGGAGGAUGCGUUGAAGAAAUCAGGAGCGACGCUGAUGACGGUGGGGCAGUCCACACCUGAACAGAGACUCACCUGGAUCUCUGAGACGGACACAAGCACCCCCACAGAGGCACAGGAGUCUGAAGAAGCGGAGAAUCUCUGUGAAGAUGUGGAGAAUACAGAGGAAGAUGAUAAUGAUGAAGAUGAUGAAAGCAGUGAAGAAUCUGAAGAUCAAACAGACAAUGAGCAGGAGGAGGCAAGAAGAAUGUCUGCCUCCUCAAUGAACCCUGAGACGUCAUCCAGCGUGAUCAUGGAGGAAACUUCAGCUCUGGUUGAUCCUACAGAGCAGAAACCUGAACAAACAGAAGCAACAGAUUCAGAGGUAGCAGUGGACACAGAAGCAGACACAUCUGCCGCCUCUGGAACAGGCGUGUCGGAAGCUUCAUCUGAAGCCACAGAGGAAAGCGAAUCUCUCCCUACAGACAUGGUAACCAAUACCUCCUCUGUUACAGAGAUCUCCUCCUCGUCCCCACCCAGAGGCCUACAGAGGUGUCUGGAGCAGGGUGCAUGGCGGGGGGAACAGACCAGUGACACGCACACACUCGCAAAUAACAAACAUUUAGAGUCAGACACAGGGGGGUUCUCGAAAAUACCAUCCACACCAAUCCAGCAUGCUUAUGUAUCAGAGACCACCUUGUAUUUUCCUCAGAAGGUGGGCUCCACUAAUCCCAUAGACACAACAUUAGCUGUUGCACCAGGUCACCUUACACACUCUCUGACACCUGCCGCAAAUACACACAUCCCAUCAAACACAGAGGACCAGGCGUUAGACAACAGAAGCACACAUGACACGCACACACAAAUCACAAACAAACCCCAAAUGGAGGAGACAGAGCCAAUGGCUACAAGCAGAUCUUUGGUCACAGGUGAAGCUGGGGUCCCGGGUGGAUGGUCAUCUGACGGUCUCCUCGAUGUCUGCCGUGAGAGGGCCAUGCAGCUGGAGGUGUGUCUGGAUAAAGUGCAAAUCAGCCUGAAGGGGUCGAGACAGGGAGUGCAGGACUUGGCCAUGCAACACAGCGUUGAGCAACAACUUCACACCUGCCAGACUAUUCUGGUGGAGAUUGAGCAGAAGGUCUCCUGUUUUCCCAUGUGUGGGCUGAAGGAACAGGAACAACAUGAGGCUGAAUCGCUCAACACAAAACUCCAGCUGUUAAAGAACAGACUGGUGACCGUCCAGUUACAGCUGCAGAACAAACACAGCAAAGACCAGGUGUGUGUUGAGAGAGAGAGCCCCCUGCAGGCCAGGUUGACACGCAGCACCAGUGUGCAAGACAGGCUGAGCUCCUCCAGAGGCAAACUGUUCAGACAGAGCAGUCUUCAACAACAGAAGGAACUGGAGCAUGGAUUGAACGAACAGAGAGAUCUAACCAAAGCCAUCUCAAUUCAAGGCAGCAGAGCAAGAGCUCACAGCCAGAACACUGAAGAACACACAAGCCCUCCAGCAGCAACAGAGAAUGAAGACAAGAGACAGGAAGAACAAUUAGCAGUCCACAGGAAGUGGACGCACCUUCACAAUCGGUUGACCGAGAAAGAAGAGACACAGCAGGGAGAAGACAAAGAACAGGAUCCAUCUGAGAUACUCACUCCAUCUGUAUGUUUGUGGAGUGAAUCAGCCGUUUCUCUUUGUCGUCAAGAGAUUCAGUCAAACAUCGCACAUCUUAAAGAGCUGGAACACUGUGCAGUUACACAGGACCAUCAGUCUCUUGAUGAGGGUCUAUUUGAAGUGUUGAGUGGUGUAAAUCUCACUCUUUUCUCUCUUACACACGCUCUCCUGUUUCAACCAGCCAUCUCUCUGCACACUGACAUAGAAAACCAGCUGCAGCAGCUACAGGGUUUAUCUGCCGACCUGACCUCCUUGGAUGCCGUGUUGACCUCCCAGGGGUCAGAGGUCAUAAAGGUGUUAGAUUCGGCUUCAGUGGUAUCGGAGACCUCAUUGUGCCUGGACCAGCUGACGCAGCGUGUGUGUGAAGUUCAAAAGACUCUGACUGAGAAACAGGCACAGAUAGAAGACCGACAAAAACAGAUUACACAGCUGCAGAGAAAAAUGCAAGACGUGCAUGACUCAGUACUAACUAACAAGUCAGCCCUUCACCCUACAACUAAUGGAGAAACCCACCGUGAUCUUCGCUCACUGCUGCAGGCUGUCGCUAGGCCGAAACAAGAGGUGGAAGAGAGAGAGAGCGAACUAGAGGAACUCAAAGAAAAAGAAAGUCAGAGUCAGCCUUCAUCUCACCUCACACAGCAAAUCAGCACACUGGAGGCGGUUCUGGACAGUGUGUGGAGUGAUCUAGAAGAGCGCUGUGGAGCUGUGCAGUGGAGUCUAGAUCAGCAGCAGAUGAGCGAGAGAAUACUGAAGGGUCUCCAGAUACUCCUGCAUGUGGGGACAGAGAAACUCACCUGCACCUCAAACCUGGAGCUCAAGAAUGCAGCACAGCUACACACAGAGCUAAGCACACACACGAAGUUUUACCUGUCUCUGGGCUCUCACCUGCGGAGACUGCAGCAGCUGAGUUUGCGGAUGUCAGACAGCGCCCCCUCUGGCUGGGAAACUGCAGUGUCUGAAAUGGAAAGUCAAGUGUCCAGUGUAUUGCAUCAGGCUCAGGGUGUCGGAACAGUUCUGCAUUCAGCGCUACAGGUUUGGACUCACUGUGAGGAAAAUCAUUCCUGGUUAGAAAUGCUGCUACAGGGCUUAGACACUCAACUUCCCAUAAUGCCUCUGCGACAACAAACUGAGGAGCAGCUGAGCAAAAAUCUUUCAGUCUAUCAGAGUGUUCAGGCGGUUCUGGAGGAGAACAGAGCUCGGGUCGGUCUGGUUCUGGAUGAGGGCUGCAGACAGCAGUGGCAGAUUUCAUUCAGUGAAGUGGGCAUUCCUAUGCAUAUAAUAGGCGUAUCUACUUUAAGACUUGAGCAGCGAUUGGCUUCUCUUCAGAGAAGGGUGGAGCAGGGACUGGACUCCACCCACCGGCUAAAACAGCUUUGGAACAGAUACCGAAGGGAUUCUGAGGCUUUGAAUGAGUGGAUGGACCAAGCUAAAGAACACCUGCACACAUGGAAAGAUGACGUGAUCUCAGGUGACCAGGAAGCAGACAAAGCCCUUUCCUUCUCCAAGCAGUUUACAGAGUUUGUUAAAGAGCUGGAGGAAAUAUCUGCCCUAAAGGCAUCAGUCAUCGGUUCUGGAUCUUUGAUCCUGAUGCUCGGUGAACGAGAGCAAAACGUUGAGACACAAAAGAACAACAAAACCAGUGUUGCUCGUAAAACAUCCUCUAGAAAUACAGAAGACCUACAGCCAUCUAAAUCGAGCAACGUCCCUGAAGAAUUCUCAUCAGUAGAUGUCACCGCUUCAUCUGCUGCUGAGGACAAUUUAGAAACCAUGUUUUCCUCAUGUCAAAACAUAACCUCAACGGAAACCCAUGCUACAACAAAGAGUUUAGAUACGGAUUUUGCCAAAUCUAGUUAUUCUCAAGAAUGUGUUCAAGACGUUCUUCCAACAGACGUUAAUUCGGACAUCUCUGCAACCGAGCACAUUUUCUCAUUAGACAGUGUCACAAAUAAAGACAGUGCCUCUGAGGAAACAGCUUCAUCCACACAAGGAUUGUCUGUUAAACCGGACACGAUUCUGUCUCCAGUUCUGCUGUCUCUUCAGUCCCAGUUAUCUCAAGUGGAGCAGGACUGGGUGGAGAUUCACUCAAACAUACCCGCCGUCCAACAUAAACUGCAUCAGGAUGUGGUGGAGAGGCAAUCUCCCGAAGGACUGCUGGUUUAUGUGUGUGGCUGGAUUACAGGUGCUGAGAGCAGGUUACAGGCGGCCGAGCGAGAGGGUCACAGCACCUGCACUGCCACAGAGCUCAGAAACCUGCUCAAAACAUAUCAGGAGAUGAAGCGAGAGAUGAGCUGUCAGCAGAUGGCUAUUGAGUUUUUUAAUCAGUGUGAGCUGAAGAGAGUCGGGUUCGACUCACACACUUGCAGGUACAAACACACUGCCUUUGCUGAAAGUGUGGGGGACGUCUAUCUGCGCUGGCUCACUCUGCAGGCUUGUCUGACUACACGGAUCCGACAUACUGAAGAGCUGGUGAGGAUCUGUGCUGAGCGUGAGAGUAAACUCCAGCUCUUGCAGAACUGGGUUAGAGGUCAAAAACGGUGGAUGCGAUUGGCUGAAAGGCCGGUCAGUCGCUCGUUUGCCAAGAAGAGCCUGAAAGACUGUGAAGAGAUAAGGGAGACAUUGAAAUCCAAAUUCUCUGAACUUGCUGAUCUGAGGAUGAGGAGACUUACUCCUGAUGAAGAACAUGGAGAUGAACAAUUCUUGUCAAGAGUUGAAAAUCUAUCCCGAUCGUUGAUCGAUCUUUCUCAGCAGGGUAUAGACCUUGGGAAUAGUCUGCUGCACGUGUGUAACGUGUGGUCUCAGUUUGAAAGUGGGAUGAAUCAGGCAGUUCUGAACACAAUGAGGAUCGGCCAAUCACUAGAGUACUGCCACGCCCCUCUGCUCUCCCUCUCCGCCCUCCAGAGCCACAUUGAUAAGCUACAGGUCCUCAAAGCCAAAGCAGAGGAGUUUGACAUGAUGUGGGAGGUUCUUAGAAAAACAUUCUCAAUCCUUAUUGGUGGAAUUAGUGCAGACUCCGCACAGAUAUUGUUGGAGCAACUAGAAAAAGAAAAAGCAGGGUGGUCUGGGAUUAAGGAAAAGGUGACACACAUCUUGCAAUGGUCACAAAGUCUUCUGAAGAUGUGGCAGAGGUACUCCAUUAUGAAACACACCUGCUCAGAGCAACUCCAGCAUUACAAAGAGCAACUCGCCACACACACUAAAACACCAGCUGAUCACGAACAACUUACAUACAACGUUGAGGAGCUGAAGACAGUGUUACAGAAAAGUACGGAGACUCUGCAGGUUGAUGUGGAACAAAUGCUUGAAGCAUCUAAAGAUCUGAUAGAACAGAUGGAUGUUGAAGAUGCUGUUUUCAUCAGGUCAGAGUGCCGCUUGUUAACCCGCGGUUACCUGCAAUUAAACCAAACUCUAGCAGGAAGAAUUCAACACAUGCAGGAGGAUCUUGAACAGUUUCAGGAGUUCAAAAGAUUACUUCAGUCCCUUGAAACACAGUUACAACAGUGGGAAAGUAACCAAAGGACGGACGGCCAGCACACAGACAUUUCUGAGUCGGGUCUGAUGGAGCUCAGUUCUAUCUCUCCUGAUCUGGAUCUGCUGAACACGCUGAGCUACAGACUGACGCUCGGUGACUCUGUGACUCACAGACUGCAGAACCUGAACAGGAUGUGGACACAGGCCUCUGCACACGCUCAGGAGAGAUGCAGUGAGUUACAGGCAGCCAGUCUGCGGCAACAGAGCUUCGAGCAGAAAUGUGAGAGCUGGCUGGUUUUCCUACAGCAAAUGGAAGACAGUUUGGCUGUAGAAAUCUCAUCAACUUACCCUGGACUAAGAGAACAACAACGCACACACCAGUGUUUUCAGGCUGAGUUGUCUUUAGGCCAUCAGAUACUUCACACCGUAAUCAGUGAAUCUCUCCUUCUGUUGCACAAGGGGGAGGUGGAAGACAGGAGUGACUUUCUGUUAAAACUGUCCCAGUUGAGAGAACACUGGCAGGGGGUGGUGCAGAGAGCAGCUCAACGGCGCGCUCUUGUGGAGGGGCUGAUACAGCAAUGGCGCCUUUACACACACACACUGCAGAAACUCCGUAGGCUCCUCACACUCACGCACACACUUCUGUCACCCGCUGGUCCCACCCACUGUAGUGUUCUGCAGCUGCGACUCUCUUUAGAUGAUCUGAAGCGUACUGAGCUGUUGUUUCAAAGGUCAGUGUCUGCCUAUCUGUGUGUGAUGGAGGUGGGCAGGCAGCUGUUCUCUGUGAGUGACAUGCAAACACAGACACAGCUGCAGACAGACCUGGCCACCCUUCAAGAGGACUGGGAGCAAUGCCAGUGCAUGCUAGGAAAGAGAAAGACGCUCACGUCUGACAUCAUCAAGAAGUGGGAGACCUGUGAGACCGGACUAGCCGAUCAGGCUCAGCGCCUGGAGGAGUUGAGAUCCAGACUGAAGCAGUCGAUCCCAGAUCAGCAGAAGGAGAUGGAGGAAGAGCAUGUCCUUCUAAAGGAGGUUCAGGAUUGUUUGGAGGAUUGGGUCGUCAGUUUGUCCGAGCUCAGCACCAUGAAGACGGACCUGUCCCAGUACAUCCUGACCGAUGAUGCUCUCCUCCUGCAGGAGCAAGUGGAACAUCUACACUGCCAGUGGGAGGAUCUCUGCAUCAAAGUGUCUAUGCGUAAGCAGGAGAUUGCUGACCGGCUCAAUGCCUGGAUCAUUUUCAAUGAGAAGAACCGUGAGCUGUGCGAAUGGCUGACACAGAUGGAAAACAAGGUGGCACACAGUGCCGAGCUCAGCAUCGAGGAGAUGGUAGAAAAACUCAAGAAGGACUGCAUGGAAGAGAUCAACCUCUUUAGUGAGAAUAAGACGCAUCUGAAACAGCUUGGAGAACAACUCAUCACCGCUAGCAACAAAACCAAAGAGACAGAAAUUAACGAAAAGAUCAAGGACAUUAAUGACCGCUGGAAGCAUCUGUUUGAUCAUAUAGAGGCCAGGGUGAGGAAGCUGAAGGAGACUUUAGUAACAGUCCAGCAGCUUGAUAAGAACAUGAGUAAUCUCCGAUCCUGGCUUUUCCGUGUUGAGGGUGAGCUGGCAAAACCCAUCAUUUACAACAUGUGUCACAGUGAUGAGAUACAACGGAAACUCACAGAACAUCAGGACUUGCAGAGGGACAUUGAACAGCACACAGAGGGAGUGACGUCUGUGUUGACCCUCUGCGAUGUUUUGCUGCAUGAUGCAGAUGCUUGUGGCAGCGACGGGGAGAACGACUCCAUUCAGCAGACCACGCUCAGCCUUGACCGCCGCUGGAGAAACAUAUGUGCCAUGUCCAUGGAAAGAAGAAUGAGGAUUGAGGAGACAUGGCGCCUGUGGUGCAAGUUUCUGGAUGACUACACACGCUUUGAGGAGUGGCUUAACGCAGCAGAACGUACGGCGGCCAACCCAGCCACCAAAGAAGUACUCUACACCUGCGCUAAAGAAGAACUUAAGAAGUUUGAGGCAUUCCAGCGUCAGGUUCAUGAGCGUCUCACACAGCUGGAGCUUGUAAAUAAACAAUACAGACGUUUGGCACGAGAGAAUCGAACCGACGGUGCCAGUAAGCUAAAGUUGAUGGUACACGAGGGAAACCAGCGAUGGGACACGCUACAGAAGAGAGUAUAUGCGGUGCUCCGCAGGUUAAAGCACUUCACAUCUCAGCGUGAAGACUUUGAAGGGACGAGGGAAGGCAUUCUGGUCUGGCUGACUGAGAUGGACCUUCAGCUCACCAAUGUGGAGCAUUUUUCAGAGAGCGACAUCCACGAAAAAAUGCGGCAAUUAAACGCAUUUCAGCAGGAGAUCACUCUAAAUACCAAUAAGAUCGAUGCUCUGAUCGUGUUUGGAGAGAAUCUGAUCCAGAAGAGCGCUCCACUGGACGCUGUACUCAUUGAAGACGAACUAGAGGAGCUGCACUCAUACUGUCAGGAAGUGUUUGGAAGAGUCGCACGAUUCCACCAUCGUUUGAUCAACAGACGGCCGCUUCUGGACGAGGACAGGGAUUUCUCAGACAGAGACACGGAUCCUGAGGACUCGGCCGAGUUGAGCGGGCUGUGGGAGAGGGAACUGGAGGAAGACGAGGCUGAUAUGGGCUCCAACGUCCUCAUACCACCCGUUCUGGAGCGCUCUGGUCGUGAAACUCCUGUCAGUGUGGAUUCCAUCCCUCUGGAGUGGGACCACACCGUUGAUGUGGGGGGAUCUUCAUCUCCAGAAGAUGAUGAAGAGUUGACGUACUACAGCGCUCUAUCAGAUGUAGAAGUCACUGUGUGUUCUGAAUCAUUUGCUAAAGAUACAGCUAAAGCUCUGAGGGCUGUGACCGGCGGAAGGUCAAUGGAGACAUGGCACUCUCCAGACAUGCCAGACAGAAAAGGAGGGAACAGAGACAUGAUGCACAAGGUGACUUCUUCACCUGCCGACAACAGCUCACAGUACUACCCAGAGGCCUAUGAUAAACUCAUGUCUGAGUGUGCUGGUAACAUAGACAGUAUCAAGCGAGUAAAACUUAUUCUGGAUGAAGAAGAACUGGAGGAUCAUGGACUUACAGCCAGCUCUGCAGCAGAUAGGACAGGGGUCAUCGAGCGAUGGGAACUCCUACAGGUGCAGUCGUGCGAUGUGCCGCAGGACCUUCAGCACUGGCACAAACUGAAGUCUGACCUCUGCGGUGCCACGACAUGGCUGCACGCUGUGAUGCCUGAGCUAGAGAAACUUCAAACGCUAGAGCCGAAAACCACCAUCAGAGACAUUGAGAGCAAUAUCCACAAACUCAAGGAAAUGCAGAAAACGUUUAACAGCUACAAAUCCGUGAUGAUUGGUGUUAAUCUAAGUGGGCGGGGCUUCCAGCACGGAGAUAGCACAGAACUACAGGAACUGCGUGAGAAUCUCCAGUCAGUCAAUCAGAAAUGGGCACAGGCAUGUGCGGCGCUGGACAGCUGGGAACGUAGACUGCAUCAAGCGCUAAUGGAGUGUCAGGAGUUCCACGAGACUCUUCAUUCUCUGCUUCUGUGGUUAGCUAAAGCCGAGAGCCAGCGUUACAUGGUCAACAUCCACGACCAAAACACAGACCUCAGCAUCCUCCGAGAGCAUCAGGACACACUCAAGGCUGUUCAGCAGGACUUACUGUCUCGUGAGAAGGAGGUCUGCUCGCUGCAGGAGAUCUCCUCUCAGAUCUUGCUACAGGACCAGGGAGAAGACACGCUGGAGGCCAAAGAGAAGGUUCACGUCAUCAGCAACAAACUACGGCUGUUGAUCAGACAGAUCGCACAUGACCUGCAGACGCUGCAGACCAGACUGGAUUCAUCGGUUUCUGAUAUGCGAGGGACAGUGUCAACACAACAUCAGGAUAGCGCAAGGGAUGAAGCUGUUACACGGGGAUCUCCCAUGAGUGUAAAGCGUGAUAAGUCAGAUUCAUCCCCCGGAAGGCCGUUUCUGUAUCGUGUGUUGCGAGCUGCUCUACCACUUCACAUUAUUUUUCUUCUCCUGCUGGUUGUGGCCUGUCUGGUUCCUCUCUCAGAAGACGACUACAGCUGUACUCUCUCCAACAACUUCGCCCGAUCAUUUUACCCCAUGCUCCUCUAUACCAACGGACCCCCACCCACAUGAGAAUAAACCCUUGUACCCUUGAUUGUAGAAUUGGAGGCAGGAAAUGUAUGUUUCCUGGUCACUUCUUGGAUAUAUGUCCUGUAUCCAUGAGAGACAUAUAACUUUUACUGCAACAGUCAGGACCGUGCAAUUGUCUAAGGUCUGUUGCUUACAGAGAGGGGUUGCUAUAAAGCUAUAUGUACAUGAAACCUCUCCUCAAGAACCUCUGUGUUUGAAAUAUGUAUAUGUAUAUAUAU